AGGGACAUACAGUACCAUUGAUGAUAACCAGCUAGAUGAACUUACUAUGCAAGCAUCUAAUGCACAUCCUGGCAUUGGUAUUAGAAUGCUAAAAGGCUAUUUACAAAGCAAAGGAAUCCGUGUCCAACGUGAAAGGGUUAGAUUGUCGUUAUUACGAAUUGAUCCCAUUGGUAUUGUUCAGAGGUGGCAAUCAACUGUCAAAAGACGUCGCUAUAAUGUGAAAUAUCCCUUAUCAUUGUGGCACAUUGAUGGAAACCACAAACUUAUAAGGUGGAGAAUAGUAGUACAUGGUGGAAUAGAUGGUUAUUCCAGAAUCCCAGUUUACCUAAAGGCAUCUGRCAAUAACAGAGCAGAUACKGUAUUAAAUGCCUUUCUUGAGGCAACAUCCGAGUAUGGUCUUCCAUCGCGUGUAAGAUCCGACAAAGGUGGUGAAAAUGUAGAUGUUGCUUCAUAUAUGUUAAGUCAUAUUCAGAGAGGACCAGGCAGAGGAAGCAUGAUUACAGGUAUAUCAUAGAAUCAGAUCAGUUUUUAUUGAAUGCCAAUUACCUAUGUAUSUUAUUAGAGUCGUUUUCAUUGCACCGUGAAACAUUAGUCAGACUAAUACGUAGUACUUGUUGGUGAUAGCUAGUAUUAGAUCUAGUCUAAUGAACCAAAGGCAACCAUUAUAAUAAGGUGAAUACAUUAACGUGAAAAAUACCAAAAUGAUACUCUUCCGAGU